AACCAAAGCCACAACUGAUAUCACACACACUGAAGCUUCGUAAUUUUCCAAUGGCUUCCAUAACCUCUGAAAUAGCUUCUUCUUCUUCUUCUUCUUCUUCUUCAUUGCCCAAAUGGGAGUAUGAUGUUUUCCUCAAUUUCAAAGGUGAGGACACCCGCAAUAACUUCACAGACCAUCUAUAUGCUGCCUUGAAUCGAAAAGGAAUUUGGACUUUUAGAGAUGAUGAAAGACUUGAGAGAGGAACAACCAUUUCCACGGAGCUCUUGAAUGCUAUAGAAAAGUCGAAGUUCGCAAUCAUUGUUCUAUCAAGAAACUAUGCGUCUUCGUCUUGGUGCUUGGAUGAACUUGUAAAGAUUGUUGAGUGCAAGGAAAAGGCUGGGCUAACAGUUUUGCCUGUUUUUUAUGGUGUGGAUCCCUCUGAUGUACGAAAUCAAAGGGGCAGUUUUGCAGAGGCCUUUGCUAAACAUGAAGAACUUAUCAAGAACGAAGAGAAGUUGCAAUCGUGGAGAGCUGCUUUGACUCAAGUUGCCAAUCUCUCUGGAUGGGAUACACGGAAUGAGAAGGAGUCAACAAUUAUUGAAGACAUUGUCAGAAAAUUAAUUGGUGGCUUGCAUUAUUCAUACUCAGUUCGUGAGGAUCUUGUUGGAAUACAAUCUCGUGUGGAGGAAAUGGAGAAUUUAUAUUUAAGCAUGGGGUUGAAUGAUGUUCACUUUAUAGGGAUUUGGGGAAUGGGUGGAAUCGGUAAAACAACUAUUGCACAAAUCCUGUAUGAUAGAAUCCGUUAUCAUUUUGCUGGCAGCAGUUUUCUUGAAAAUGUUAGAGAAAGAAGUCGAAAUGAUGGUCUAGUUAGUUUACAGAAACAACUUCUUUCUGAUGUCUUGUUUGAAAAAAAUAUUGAUAUUUCGAAUGUUCAAUGGGGAAUCAAUUUGAUAAGGAAUAGAUUAUGUCAGAAGAGGGUUCUUGUCAUUCUUGAUGAUGUGGAUCAACCUAAACAAUUAGAAGCAUUAGUAGGCAAGCAAAGUUGGUUUGGUCGAGGGAGUGUGAUCAUUAUAAUAACUAGAAAUCGACAUCUAUUGAUCACACAUGAAGUCGUUGAAGAAAAAAUAUACAAGCCUGAGAUUUUGAAUUCUAAUGAAGCUCUUAAGCUUUUUAGUCUGAAAGCCUUCAAGCAGGACAAUCCUUUAAAAGGUUAUGAGGUGCUAUCUAAAGAAUUUGUAUACUAUGCUCAAGGCCUUCCUUUAGCACUCAAAGUAUUGGGCUCCUUCAUGUUUCGCAGACAUCUAAAUGCAUGGAAAUCUGAACUAGGUAGACUAAAAGAAAAUCCAGAAUGGGAAAUCUUGGAUGUGCUCCGAAUAAGUUUUGAUGGCCUAAAGAAAAUAGAGCAAAAAAUAUUUUUGGAUAUUGCUUGUUUCUUCAAAGGAAUGACUAAAGAUCGUGUAGCAAGCAUACUAAGAACUCCCCAUUAUUGGCCAAACAUUGAUAUAGAUGUUCUUGAGGAAAAAUCUCUUAUAAUUAUCUCAGAUGGAACAUUGUUAAUGCAUGAUUUAAUGCAAGAAUUGGGUAAGGAAAUUGUUCGUUGUGAAUCUCCUAACGAGCCUGGUGGACGCAGUAGAUUGUGGGCUAAGGAGGAUGUCCUUCAUGUACUAAAAGAUAAUACAGGAACUGAAAAAGUUGAAGGCAUAUUCAUCAACACCACUUCAAAAGAAGAGGACUUGAAUGUUGAAGAAAAAGUUGAGGACUUGAAUGCUGAAACCUUCUCAAAGAUGAGAAAUCUAAGAUUGCUUAAAAUUUGUAAUGUGAGCCUUCCUCAAGGACUUAUUUCUCUUUCAAGUGAUUUACGUCUUAUGGAUUGGCCCGAAUAUCCUUUAAAAUCCAUGCCAAAAAAUUUCAAUCCUAACAAACUUGUUGAACUCAUUAUGCCUCGUAGCCGUAUCAAACAACUAUGGGAGGGAAACUGGAGUUUAGAGUGGCUAAGAAUCAUCGACCUCAGUGAUUCUAGAGAGUUGAUCAAGACCUUGGAUUUUUCUAGAGUCCCAAAUCUUGAGAAGUUGAUUCUCAAAGGUUGCACAAAAUUGUCUAAGAUUGAUUCAUCCCUUGGAGAUCUCAAACAUCUUAUUUUAUUGGAUCUAACAAACUGUAAAAAUCUUUCAAGUCUUCCUAGAGCCAUUUGUAGUUUGACAUCUCUAAAAACUCUCACUCUAUCUGGUUGCUUAAAACUUGACAAUAUGCCAAUGAAUUUGGGGAAUCUAGAAGGCUUAGAGAAACUAGAUGUGAGUGGAACUGCUAUAAGAGAUCCACCUUCCUCCAUCUUUUGCUUAAAAAAUCUCAAAAUACUAUCUUUCCAAGGAUGUAAUGGGCUGUCAUCUAAAUCAUGGUCAUGGAAGAAGCCGCUUAAUUUUCUGUUAAUGACAAAAACUCCAGAUCUCAUGGGCUUGGUAUUGCCUUCUGUAUCAGGUUUGUGUUCAUUAACUAGAUUGAAUUUAAGGAACUGCAAUCUUCAAGCAAUCCCUAGUGAUAUUGGCUGUUUGUCCUCAUUAGAACAAUUAGAUCUAAGUGGAAAUAAUUUUGUUUUCAUUCCUCAAAGCAUUAAUCAACUGUCUCAUUUGAGCGACCUUCGGGUGGAGAAUUGCAAGAGUCUUCGAUUGUUGCCGGAGCUUCGAUUGAGUCCUUACAUCGAAUUUUGGGCAAAUGGAUGUACCUCAUUGGAAUCUUUACUACCAUUUAAAAAAAAAGAUAAUCCAAAAUUUUUUUUAUAUCUUCUCAAUUGUUUCCAAUUGGUUGACAAUCAAGGCCGCUGUGACUUGUUGAAUUCAAUGCUAAGAGAAUAUUUUCAGGAAUCAACUAAAAAAGAAAGAUUUGAUGUUGUUAUUCCUGGAAGUGAAGUUCCGAACUGGUUUAGGCAUCAAAGUGUGGGGGCUUCAAUAAAUCUGGAAGUGCCUUCAUAUUUAUUUAAACAAUUUAGAGGAAUUGCUCUCUGCGCUGUUUUUGGACCCCUCCACCAGCAUCGUCCACCUAACCAUGGUCCUGAUGACCUUUUGUGUCAUUUUAAAGCCAAUGGAAUUCCACCACGUAGUCUACCAGCCAUAAGAUUUGGGGAAAAGUCUGUUACGGUUGAAUCGGAUCAUCGUUGGUUCAUGUAUUUGCUCCCUAAUUAUUUCCGAUCCUUCUUCCGAAAAGGAAUUUUUCAAAUUGCUGAUGGAUCCAGCUGUCAACUUGAGAUUGAAUUCCAAUCCAGGGAUCCGAGAAUAGAGAUAAAGAAAUGUGGGGCCCAUAUGGUAUACGAGGAAGAAAUGGAAGAUCUGAAACAAAGCAUGGAUCAGACAGAGUGCAGCAUCAUUCCUCAUAAUGAGAGUGUUGAUCAUUUUGAAGAGGAUAUCAAAAAUAAGCGAAGUCGUGAUGAUGAGAAUGGAGGAGCUAGUGGAGAAGGUAGCUCUACUCACAUACCACACCCUGAGACUAAGAGAGUACGACCCUCUGAUGGUGAGUGAGGUCUCUCCGUGACAGUCAGAAAUCAAAUAGUGGCUUUCAGGAAUCUGGGCCCUCUUUAUUAGAACUCUUUGUGUGGAAUGCUGUCGCUGGUAAUAAGCUGUACACUUUUGAGGGGCAUAAAGCACCAGCUUACUCCAUGUGCCCUCAUAAUAAGGAAAACCUUCAUGCUAUUCAUAUGUGAGACUAGUAAAGGACAACCAUACCUUGUGGAAUUGGAUGAAUGUUAGACAGCUAUCAAGCUUGUAUAUCAUGGUUUUUGGAGGCAGUCUGUGGUGGUUGUGCCAUUAGAUACAAUGAAGAACCGGUUCCUGGCUACUAGAUAUGCGUUCAAAUUAAAAUUUUGGGACAUGGACAAUGGUUACCUCUUGACAAUUACUGCUGCAGAGGGUGGAUAACUGGCUGCUCCUUGCAUUCAAUUUUACAAGGAAAGGAUACUGCUUGCUGUAUCAACAAGUGAAAAUGGAAUCAAAAUACUUGCAAAUGCUGAAGGUGUAUGGCUUCUGCGUUCUAUUAAAGAUCAAGCUGUUCAUACCUCCAGAGUGGAUCCUGCAACUAUUGCAAAGGUACCAAUAGGCUUCUGCGUUCUAUUAAAGAUCAAGCUGUUCAUACCUCCAGAGUGGAUCCUGCAACUAUUGCAAAGGUACCGGUAAUUAGCUCCUUUGGUGCUUCCUAUUCAACUGCUGGAACAAGCACUUGAUAUUAGGCGAAGUCCACAGAAACAUUGAAGCUUUUGAUUUUCCAAAGAAUUUUCUUAUCAAAAUAUUCAGAAGAAUAUUUCAGGAGCUUAAAUUUUUAUUGACGUCUAUGCCUAUGUUCAGUUGACAUGUCUGAAUCUGGAUGAAAAGAUGCCUUCCGUGGAAGAUCUUGCUUAGGCCUAAAGCAUGUCUGUUAUGUAAAUGUCUUUUCGUGUGCUUGCUAUUAGUCUUUUUUUUUUUUUUUUUUUUGGUUGGUAGUCUGAGAUAUUGUUAACAAUGGCAUCUAUGCUAUAGAUUUCUCAAUCAGUUUUGAGUCUCUCUUAUGUAUCAUUGCAACGGCAUUCUGUGCUUUAAACAAAAAGGGCAAAGUGCUAAAUGUAGCAAUUUGUUGGACUUUUACUUCCCACCAAAAGAAGGGAACGCCCAUGUUACCAGA